GAUUUUCCAUAUCUCUACUAUGUACUCCUAUAGUAUAUAUCUGUCUUUUUUCAGUAUGCUUUGGCAUCCAAGAGCGUUUUUGAGUUAUUAUAUGGGGCCGGGAACGAGUACAAGUACUGCAGCUACAGCUAGUAGUGUAUAUAAAGAAGAAGCUAGAGAGAAGACCUUCGCGCCUCAAUCCACUCCAAGCCCGGCAGCUCCUCCAUUAUUCCAACUCCACCUCUUCACCUCCAAUUUGGGAAACUGAAGGAGGACGAUGAAGCGACGGGACUUGCUCUUGGCGACCAUCCUCGUGCUGGCCGCCGCCUGCACCACCGCCACGGUCGCCAGGAAGAAAACGGCCAUCAUCCCUCGAAGUCGGAGGCAGCAGCAGCUGCACCCCCAGGCGGCGGCGGCGGGCGCCUCGUCGUCGUCGUGCGACGUGUACAGGGGCAGCUGGGUAGUGGACGAGUCUUACCCGCUGUACGACGCGGCGAGCUGCCCCUUCGUCCGCAAGGAGUUCGACUGCCGCCGCAUGGGCCGCCCCGACACACUCUACCUCAAGUACCGGUGGCAGCCCAACCCGCCAUCCUCGUUGCCAAGGUUCGACGGGGUGAAGCUGCUCAACAUGUGGCGCGGGAAGAAGGUCAUGUUCGUGGGCGACUCGCUGGUGGUGAACCAGUACGAGUCGCUGCUGUGUAUGCUCCACGCUGCCGCGCCUGGCGCACGCACUAACCAGUCGUGGGCGUCGGGGGAGAACCCCUCCGUCACAGUGCGUUUCGAGGUACGUUGUGACUACGGUGUGACUCUGGUGUACUUCUUGUCGCAUUACCUAGUCGACCUCACCAAUGACACCGCCGGGCGUACCGUCCUCAAGCUCGACGGAAUGGACGAAGCCCGCGCGUGGCUCGGCGCCGACGUGCUCGUCUUUGGCUCGUGGCGUUGGUGGUGGCGCAAGACUUGGGACUACAUCCAAGCAGGCGACAACACGGUGGUGCAGGACAUGGACCGGACCCAGGCCUUCACCAAGGGGCUGCAAACCUGGGCUAGAUGGGUCGACGCCAACCUCGCCCAGACCAGUACCAAAGUCUUCUUCCAGGGAUACUCGCCCGAUCACCUCGAUAGCCAACAAUGGGGAGCGCCGCCGGGUAAGACGUGCAUCGGGGAGACGCAGCCGCUAAACAACGCCGCGGCGUACCACGGCCAGCCCAACCCGCAAGACGCGAUCGUGAGAAGAACCCUGGGCGCCAUGGCAAAGCCGGUGCACCUUCUCGACAUCACCUUCAUGUCGCAGCUGAGGAAGGACGGCCACACCACCAAGUACAACGGCGACAGCCUCGGCCGUGACUGCACCCACUGGUGCGUCGCUGGCGUCCCAGACACUUGGAACACCGUCUUGUACGCGGCCCUUGCAGGGAAUUCAUGACAUCAUUGAGCUUUUUUCAGAUAAUAAUAAUGACAUUAUUGAGCUAGUAUGUACUC